AUGGCCGGCCACAGACGCGCCCCCUCGGCCUCGCUCAAGGGCAAGCCGCGUCUCUCGCCCGUGCCGCUGCGCGACAUCUUCAUCAUCCGCCUCGUCAAUGCCUUGUGCCUGGCCACCUUCUUCCAGCCCGACGAGUUCUUCCAGGCGUUGGAGCCAGCGUGGCGCCUCGCCUUUGGGGCGGACAGCGGCGCGUGGCUGACGUGGGAAUGGCAUCACCAGCUCAGGUCCUCCCUCCAUCCCCUCCUCUUCUCUGCCGCCUACACCAUCGCAGACCGUCUGUCCGCCGUCCUCCCGCCAGGAUCCGCCGUCCGCUCUGCCAUUGUCAUUGCUGCUCCCCGCGUCCUGCAGGCCCUGAUUGCUGCCCUGGGAGACUGGUACACAUGGCAUCUUGCGGUCCAAGUCUACGAGUCCGAUAGAAACGCCUCCUUUUUCGCUCUCUUCAUGCAACUACUCAAUCCCUGGCAAUGGUACUGCUCCACCAGGACCUUCUCCAACUCCCUCGAGACGACUCUCACCGUCAUGGCCCUCAGCUACUGGCCCUGGCAGCUCCUCGGCGUCGCCCCCUAUUCCAUCAAGGAAAACGCCGCGCCCUUCAACGUCCUGCGCGGCAAGCUCUGGCGCCUGCGCGCGUCCCUCUGCCUCGCCGCCCUGGCCGUCGUCCUGCGCCCUACCAACGUCCUCAUCUGGCUCACCAUCGUCUUCCUUGCCCUGACUAGAAUCUCGCUGCAAGGCAACUCCCCACUGAGCCUUUCCACCGUCCUCGUGCUCUUCAGAGAGGCUAUUCUGUGCGGCUCCCUGGUGGUGGGCCUCUCCAUCCUCGCCGAUCGGCUCUACUUUGGCUUCUGGACGUUUCCGCCGUACAACUGGCUCAACUUCAACAUCUCCAAGUCCCUGGCCGUCUUUUACGGCCGCAACCCCUGGCACUACUACAUCCUCCAGGGCAUCCCUCUGCUGUGCACCACCAGCCUUCCCUUUGUCAUCCCCGCGCUCUUCAAUCCUACGUCCAAGACGCCUUCCCAGGCCAACAUCCUCCGAACGCUCUCUUGCACCGUCCUCGCCACCGUCGUCGCCCUCUCUCUCAUCUCCCACAAGGAGGUCCGCUUCAUCUACCCUCUUCUCCCCGUGCUGAGCGUCCUCGCCGCCCCCCGCGCCGCCUCCUUCUUCACCACCGUCCCCAAGACGAGCCCCCCGCCGUCCAUCUCCUCCGCAGCCCAGAUCUCCGCGCCGCCUCAACCUCCCCCCUCCUCCUCCUCAGGAACCAAAUCCCCCACCGUCCGCCGCGCUCGCCUCCGCAACAAGCCCCUCCUCCUCACGGCCCUAGGCAUCAACGUCCUCCUCGCCGGCUACCUCUCCUUCCUCCACCAACCCGCCCCCCUGUUCCUCCGCAAGCAGUACGAGCGCAUCCACCCCUCCGCCGUCCGCCUCGCCCACGAAACCCACUACCGCUCCUCCCCCUCCCCCCUCAACGCCACCACGACAACCGCAGAAGACCGCGACGCCCUCUUCGCCCUCUUCCUCAUGCCCUGCCACUCCACCCCCUGGCGCUCCCACCUCGUCUACCCAGGCCUCUCCGCCUACGCCCUCACCUGCGAGCCCCCGCUGCACACCCAGCCAGGCACCCCCGAGCGCGACCUCUACCGCGACGAGGCGGAUCGCUUCUACGACGCGCCCGUGCCCUUUCUGCGGGGCGAGCUCUUCGCGCCGGGAUCCCCCGCCGCCGUGCCCGUCCCGCGGUACAUUGUCGGCUUCGAGGGCGUCGAGCCCUGGCUGCGCGAGUUCCUGGAGACGACGCCCGAGGGGCAGGGACUGGGCGUCAAGGAGCUGAGGCGCGUGUGGGCGGGCUUCAACGGCUUCUUCAACGAGGAUUGGAGGAGGGCUGGGUAUAUGAUGGUUUGGGACACGGGGGUGUAUGCGGAGGAGUCUGGUUGA